UACAUUGAUAUCCCAUCACCACUUACACAAACGCAUCACAUAUAUACAUAAUACACAUCUUAGGAAAUCAGAUCCCAAUCCCAAGAUGUGGACAAGAAAUUUAGUUAUUGGUUGUGUUGUUUCCCUGCUGCUUGUUUCUGCCAAUGCAUAUGGUGGCUUUGUGGAAACGAGGGGUAGCCGUUUCGAGCUUGACGGAAAGCCCUUUUACUUUAAUGGUUUUAACUCGUAUUGGCUCAUGUAUAUGGCUUCAGAUCCAACCACUAAGGACAUGGUCACUGAUACCUUUGCCCAAGCUUCAAGAUAUGGGAUGACCGUCGCAAGAACCUGGGCUUUUAGCGAUGGCGGCUAUAGGGCUUUGCAGUCGUCGCCCGGCGUUUAUAAUGAGGAUAUGUUUAAGGGGUUGGAUUUUGUGAUAUCGGAAGCUAGAAAGUAUGGAAUACGUUUGAUAUUGAGCUUGGUGAACAAUUGGGAAGGUUUUGGAGGGAAAAAGCAAUACGUGCAAUGGGCAAGGGACAGGGGACAAUAUAUUAACAAUGAGGAUGACUUCUUUAGGAACCCUAUCGUCAAAGGUUACUACAAGGAUCACAUCAAGGCUGUGCUGACAAGAAAGAAUUCGAUAAGUGGGGUUGCUUACAGAGAUGAUCCCACCAUAUUCGCGUGGGAGCUAAUGAACGAACCUCGUUGCCAAUCCGACCUCUCUGGGAGAUCCCUUCAGGAGUGGGCAAGUGAGAUGUCUGCGUACGUGAAGUCGCUGGAUCCGAAGCACCUUCUGGAAAUCGGAUUGGAAGGGUUCUACGGGGAGUCGACGCCUCAGAAGAAGCUCGCCAAUCCCGGAUAUGAAGUGGGCACCGACUUCAUCGCCAACAACCGUCUUCGCCUCAUAGACUUUGCCACCAUUCAUCUCUAUCCGGACCAAUGGAUGCCCGGGUCCAACGACGAUGCCCAGGCGGCCUUUGUCGACCAGUGGAUCGGGCAGCACAUCUCGGACUGCAAGUCCGUCCUGGGGAAGCCGCUGGUGCUGACGGAGUUCGGGAGAUCGUCGCGCACGAGCGGCUACACCGUCGGGGAUAGGGACAGCUACUUCGGGAACAUAUACAGCACCAUCUACAGCUGCGCACGGACCGGGGGGCCCUGCGGGGGGGCGCUCUUCUGGCAGGUGAUGGCCCCCGGCAUGGACAACUGGAGCGACGGCUACGACGUCGUCUUCAACCAGAGCCCCUCCACCGACGCCGUUAUAUCUCUCCAGUCCGACCGAAUUGCCGCCCUCGACCGUUAAUUAGUUACUUAAUUAUAUUUAUUACAUCCUCGCUCAUAUAUAUUAAUUAUAUUCCUCAAUAAUACAUGAGCUACCUAGCUACCUAAUUACGUACUCUAUACACAUUUAUAAUGAAAUGAAUGAAUAUAUAUAUA